AUGUCGAUGGAACGGCAUCAGCAUGAGAGUGUUAACAAUCCCAAGUGUGGGAACGAUAUAGGCGCUACAGUAUCACACCCAGUGGAAGAAAAAUUCUCUAAUGAUACGCGCACACACACUGUAAGUGCCCACAGAGAUGAGAUAUCCCAACAGAGAAGGGACGGGACAUCAGAUGAUGGUGUCAUUGUGGACACUGUGCAGCGAGAUGAAAUUACGCAUCGAGACAAGCAGGAUCAAGUGCAUCGACAGAAGGAGGGCGAUAAAGCUAGCAUGGUGAGGCGGUUGGCUUUGAAUCCGAAUAAGGCUGGCAUGCAGGGGAUGGACAGGGAAAAAGUCAACAAGACUAUAUACGAGAUGUCGAAGGGCUCGAGGUUCUUCAAUAAUCAGGAAGAACGAGACGCAACCACACAAGCCAAGGUGCAGAAAAUGGUGCAACAAUUGGCACGGUACAAAGCUGACGGCACGCUUCAUCGGAAAAAACUGCUGGAAUCAAUCGAAAACUUAGUUUUGAAACUCGAAGACGAACGUGAUUUAAGUCGGGUCAUCGUACACUGUGACAUGGACGCAUACUUCGCCAGUGUUGAGGAACUGGACAACCCUGCGCUCAAAGGUAUCCCUAUGGCAGUCGGGGGCACGCAAGUACGGGGUGAGAAGUGCUAUGCCGGGAUACAUCGCUCUGCAACUGUGUCCGCAAUUGAAACUGGUGAAGGGCAACUAUCCGCGGUACCAGGAGGUGAGUGA